CGUCGCGCUGUUCUGAGCGGGCGCGUUGAAAUCGUUUAUACACGGUGACUCAUCGCGUUCACUAUGGCAAAUAUUGACAUUGUUAAGUGUUCUAAUUGUAACAUUGUUAUUAAUGAGCUCCUUACUUUUGUGAGGCAUGUGAUUGACUAUAUGGACGAAGAAAGCAUUCAUCAACUAUGCACUAACACUUUUUCGGAAGAGGAGAUGGUGAAGGCCAAAACGUUAUUAUUUGAAUCCGUUCCAAAUGCAAAAAAAAUGCCAGUAAGAAGAAAGCAGGGUAAGAAGAGGAAGUCCAGAGAUUUGGAUGAUAUCAUCGCCCUGAUGAAAGGUGGUGAUCGUGCGUCAUUUCCUAUUUUCUGUGCUCGGGACUUAGACAGAAUACCACCAGUAACGUUCGAUCAUGUCGAUGCUACCACCUUCAUUAAGGAACUUCUCGCCCUGAAAAAUCGCUUCAAUGUGAUGGAAGAAAAAGCGGUGUGUAAGGAGGAGUUUAACCUUUUAAAACAAGAAGUAAACAAUAUGAAAUAUGCGUCUUUAGCUGAUUCUUCUAAUAUUAAUUUAAAUAAGAGAAGGGGCGCAUGCUUACAAAAUAGUUUUGAUAUGGAUAGCGGGCCGAUUGGACUGCAAUAUUAUGUGCAAGAAGAUAUUGGCAUAAAACCAUCGCAAUCAGCUGAUAUUGAAAUCAACGAACGACCUUCGAUAAAUACUCAUCUGCCGUCAAAAAGAAUUAUCAACAAUGUUUCUGUCGCUCCUAUACGUGAGCCAGUUAAUGAGACGGAACCAACAUGUGAGCAGGCGAGACAGACAAGCUGCAGCCAUACGCGUACAACAGAGACAGAGAGUGCGCAAGUUGUGACGUCGGCGGAGGUGAUCGUGAGCGAUCGUCAGACAAGUGCAUCAGAUGGUGAUAGUGCGAGUGUAAACGAGAUAGCAUCUCAAUCGGUAGCGCGAGUGACGACGAGUUAUGAUAGUGACUCACAGCAAGUGUUGUUGACGGCGGACAAGGUAUGCAGUGAUGUGGCCCCUACUAAUGGUUAUUGUCGUGUCGCGUCCCAACCGGCCGUGCAUUCAUUGAACGCGAGCGUAACUCAUGGUUACUCUGCGAGCGCGAGCGGUCAGCCGACCGCAACCGCUGCUGCGGUGUGUAAAGAUAAUUGUGAACAAGUAGUAGGGGACUCGGAAUGGACAGUUGUGCGUAAAAAAUCUGCAAAACACUAUAAGUUAAUCGGUCAAAGAGGCUGUGCACCUAUUGCGCCUAACGAUAAAUUCAAAGCUGCGGAUAUUAAGAUCCCACUCUUAAUAUCCAAUGUUAGUAAAGAUGCAAGUGAAGAGGACAUUAUUAAUUAUAUAAAAGAAAGAACUAGCGAAUGUGUAACUCUAAAAAAGAUUAAUAUGAAGCAAACGAAAACGUAUAAUUCCUUUAAGUUAUAUGUCUCUAAAAAUAAAGUUGAUAUAUUUUUGAAAGAUGAUUUUUGGCCAAAUGGCAUCUCAUUUAGGCGUUUUGUACAUUUUAUGUACGGAACAAAAACGAAUAAGGUGAUUAGUUAAAGUUAUUGUAUGAUUUAAUUUAUGGAUUUACAGCCACAACAUAAUUUAACUUUUCUUAGUUUUAAUUGUUUGUUUGUCACGAGAUCAUUUGUUGACUUACAAAAUUUAUGUAAGGUGGCGGAUGUCUUAGCGUUACAGGAGACGUGUUUACUGCCGCAUGAAAUACCAUUACUUGGGACUAUUUCGAAUUACUUUGACUACACGGGCAAGUCAGCCGUGGACACGUCUGCUGGCCCGCUUAUCGGCAGGCCUUAUGGUGGGGUAGCCAUACUUUGGAGAAAAGGCAUUUUUGACCAGGUGAAUAUUUUGAACUGUACGAGUGAUCGAUUAGUAGCUAUUAGGGUUACACUAGGGCAAUGCUCGUUAAUAGUGUUUUCUGUUUAUAUGCCAAAUAAUUCUCAGAAAAAUCUUCCUAUUAUGACGGAGAUUUUGGGCGAAAUAAAUGCAAUAGCUGAUCAAGAGAAUGUUGAAAAUAUUUAUAUCUUAGGAGAUUUUAAUGCCCAUCCACACGAACUGUUCUAUAAUGAGCUCAGUAGUUUCUGUUCCGAUUUGAGCUGGGUUUGUGCUGACGUAGAGAAAAUAGGCUUGCAAAGUAAUACUUAUACGUACGUUAGCGCAGCACAUGGGUGUAAAAGAUGGCUAGACCAUUGUGUCGUCUCGGACGCGGCCUGGAAAACAGUUGUGGAGGUAGGUGUCAUAGAGGAUGUGUUUGUAUCGGAUCACAUACCCUUGUAUGUUAAGAGUGACAUUAGCAUUUUAAGACCUGAAUUGGCAUCUUCUCUCUUGCACCGAAGCACUGUUGUGUGGGGAGCGCGUGAAGAGAAACAGGUGGCGAGGUAUAGUGAAUUAUGUAAUCAUAGUUUGAGUGAAGUUGAUUUUCCCCCAGAGUUCACGGAGUGUAGUCGUGGAGCAUGUAGCCUGAGUGGACAUAAACUGGUGUUAGACCGUUUGUACAGUGACAUUGUAAAGUCCUUAAGUGAAGCGGCAAGUAAAACUAGUGAGAGAUCUGAGGGGGGGAAAAGCAGCUACAAACAUCUAUGUGGUUGGAACAAACACGUUCACGAGGCUCACAGGGUGGCCAGGCUUAAUUACAGACUGUGGUUGCUAUACAAUCGCCCUAGUUCAGGUAGAAUAUAUGUACAGAUGAAGGAGUCGCGUAAAAUUUUUAAGAGCCGUCUACAAUGGUGUCAAAAAAAUCAAGAUAUACUUAAAAUGAAUGUCUUAGCUAAGUAUAGAGCGGAAAAGCGGUUUGACAGAUUUUGGAAAGCGACAAAAAGGCUUGAUGUUAGGCCUGGCCUGCCCGCGAGUGUGGAGGGGGAAAGCGAGCCUAUUAGUAUUGCCAAUAUGUUUCGAAAUCAUUUUAGGGUUAGCUCACAGUUGGGGCCUUCGGCUCCCUCUUAUGUUGAGCUUAGCGGACAGACUCCACUGAUAUGUAUUUCGGCAAAACAGAUUAAAAUGGCGAUAAAUGGUAUGAGUGGUGGAAAAUCUCCUGGCCAUGAUGGCAUCAGUGUGGAGCAUUUGAAACAUGCCGGUGCUCACUUGCCCAGGGUGCUCGCUCUCUUCUUUACAAUGUGUAUUAGCCACUCUUAUCUUCCACAUGAAAUGUUGAAAACGGUUGUGAUACCCAUUGUGAAGAAUAGGGCGGGUGACGUUUCGGUAAAGGGGAACUACCGCCCCAUUUCGCUAGCAACAACCAUUGCUAAGGUGUUUGACAGUGUGCUAAACUCGAUUUUACAGAAGUUUGCUGAUAUUCACGAUGCACAGUUUGGAUUUCGUACCAAGCUGUCUACGGAAAGCGCAAUUGUGAGUUUAAAGCACACUGUCAAAUACUACACAAGUCGCAGGACGCAGGUGUAUGGCUGUUUCCUUGACCUCUCGACGGCUUUUGACCUUGUGUCAUACAACAAGCUCUGGAGUAAGCUGAGUGAGGGGGGUAUGCCGGCGGAAAUCAUAAAUAUAUUUAAAUUUUGGUACGCCAAUCAAUCUAAUGUUGUGAAGUGGGCGGGUGCAUUUUCAGAGCCAUAUGUGUUGGAGAGCGGGGUGAGACAGGGUGGUUUAACGUCUCCCACGCUCUUUAACAUAUACAUCAACGAUCUCAUCGUUGAGCUGAGCAGCAUGCGUGUCGGAUGUCGGUUGGAUGGCGUUAAUCUAAAUAAUAUUAGUUACGCCGAUGACAUGGUGCUGCUUAGUCCGACGGUGGGGGGGAUAAACACCCUGCUUGAAGUGUGUCAGACCUAUGCCGCCAAUCAUGGGCUGAUUUAUAAUGUCAGGAAAACCGAGUAUAUGGUCUUUGAGGCCCCCGGUAACCGCCCCAAUGUCACAUUGAGUAUCACUCUCGGUGGAGUUGAAAUAAAACGCGUGACAAAAUUCAAAUACCUGGGACACAUUGUUACUGAGGACCUUAAAGAUGAUGAGGACAUUGAUAGAGAACGCAGGGCGCUAGCGGUGAGGGGGAAUAUGCUGAUCCGCAGAUUCUCUCGUUGUACUGAAGAUGUCAAGAUCACGCUGUUCAAAUCAUACUGUCAGAAUAUGUACACGGGAAGUCUGUGGGUGGGCUGUACCCAAAAGGCGAUGGACGCACUGCGUGUUCUAUACAAUAACGUUUUCAGGAUGAUGCUGGGAUUGCCUCGUUUCUGUAGCGCCUCAGGUAUGUUCGCGGAAUACCAAGUCGAUAGCUUUGCGGCUAUUAUGCGCAAGAAGACCUCGUCGCUAAUUUUUAGAAUACGGGACAGUCCCAAUAGCAUUUUGAAGACGUUGGCAGACAGGUUCUCCUCUCCGUUGUGGGCUGUUUUUGUGAGGAGGGUGAUCUGUGAAAGAAAUGAGCCGAUCUGAUCACUCUCCAUUUUAUUUUAUUUUAUUUUUAUUUUAUUUUAUUUUAUAUUUUAUUUUAUUUUAUUUUAUUUUAUUUUUUAUGUUUUAGUAUUUCUUAUCGUGCCAUGUUACUAACAAAUCUAGACUAAGUUUACUAACAUUGAUAUGGAUCCGUGGCUAUCUGAAAUAAACAAUUUUUAUUUUA